AUGGGAGAACCAAGGAAGUCAAUUGAAGCAUGCAAUAAGGUGUUGGAUGCAAAUCCUGUUCAUGUAAAAGCACUCUACCGCCGUGGAAUGGCAUACAUGUCUGCUGGAGAUUUUGAAGAAGCUAGAGAGGAUUUCAAUAAGAUGAUGACCAUCGAUAAAUCAUCCGAGUCAACUGCAAAAUCGGCUCUUGUUAGACUCAAUAAGGAGGAGCAGGAAAUCCAUAGAAGGGCUCGGAAGCAAUUUAAGGGACUGUUCGACAAGAAGCCUGGAGAGAUUGCAGAGGCUGGAGUAAGCGAUACAGGAGAUCAAGUUCUUGACGAAACCCACGAGAUUGAUGAUGGGAAUGAUUUAGAUAGUAACGGAAAACCAGCUACUGCUCGAAUUCGUUCGCAGAGUAACAAUGAGAAUGUUCCUCAGGCUAAUGCUCAAACUCGUAUGGGUUUUUUGUCCGGUUUCUGGCCUAGUGGCAGAAGAUAUUUCAGCGCCCUUGGAUUAGACAGAUGUACCAUUUUGUGA